AAGGGGAGGAGUUCAUUCAAACUGCUUGGUGCAACAGUGUCCAGUCUGUGAUCAAUAAUCAUGUGGCAAAAUUGGGGCAGUGAAUGUUGGGUCACCAAAAAAUGUUUAGCAAUAGGCUGCAAGGUUUGUCCAGUACUAAUGGCUGUCCUAAUGGAACACCUGUGAUUCCCUGAGGAAGAUCACAAAGAUAUGAUCAAAAUGUUGGAAUUUCUUUUGAUUGUUUAUUAAAAUCAGUCAGUGUAUAUGUGUGUGCGCGUGCGCCCUGGAAAGAGAGGGAGGGCCCGGGUGAUAGUGAGAGAUAGGGCUGAGCACUGAAGCACUUCCCCUUGCUGUAACUGAAACUGUAGAAGUCACAUCACUAAGUGUAUUGGCUGUUCUGACUUCACAAAGGGAGGAAUGAGCCUUGAGAAGCAGCGACUGACUGCAAGGAGUUCAUUAGCCAGAAACUGCUGGGAAGCUAAAGAUUGCGGGGGAUACAGGAGUCUGCAGAGUCCCCAUCAAAAGUUUGAGAAGACCAUCAUUGACUUAAUAUAUUUAUGAAGAGAAUGGUUACAUUGCCCCCACCAAAGACAUAUCUCUAAAUAUGGAAUUUCAUCCCAAUAAUUUCUCUGCUGAUAAUGACUUGGAGGCACAGCGACAACUUAUUUUCCUUCUCUCCAGCCCACUUUCUGUCUUCAUCAUCCUUUCCAACCUCUUCAUUAUUAUUGGGAUUGUGUUCAACAAGAAGAUACACAACACAGCUAAUUAUUUCUUCCUUAGCUUGAUGUUUGCAGAUUUACUUACAGGAGUGGCGCUUCCCUGCAUACCCCACAUGAGAUUUGACAAGAAAUUUGGGUAUCAUGUGUGCAUGAUCUCAUACAUUUCACCCAACUUCUUCUUCCUGUCCUUUUUAGCCAACCUUCUAAUGGUUCAUUAUGAGAAAUACCUGUUCAUUGUAUAUCCCUUGAGGUACCACAGCAUUUGGAUGCACCGCUGCGUCCCACUAUCCCUUGUUAUAGCAUGGACCCUGCCAUUGUUUUUUGCUUGCUUGCCUAUGAUGGGUUGGAACAACUGGAAGAUCGAUUCCAACUGCUCUUAUAAAUAUGUCUUCACAAAUGCAUACAUCUACUUGGAAACCUAUGGUGUAGUCAUCCCCUCCAUCUUGGCAAUUGCCUUUAUCACAGUCAAGGUGCUAACUGUGGCCAGGAAGCAACUAAAGGACAUCAAGAAGCUUCAUCGCUCAGUUCAGAGCCAGGCAGUCAUAGAGUUGGAGCACCAGAUGGACCUGAGGUAUGCCCGCUGCAUUGCCAUAGUGUCUUUGACUUUCUUGGUCUGCUGGGUUCCCUAUAUUGCAGUCCUCCAGGUCUCAGUCCUGGCCAUUGCGCAUUAUGAAUUCAGCUGGUGGAUUAUCCUCACCCUCACGUGCGUGGGCAGUGGUAGUGCUGCCAUCAUCCCAAUCAUCUUGGGUCUCUGCCACCGGGAGUACACAGAAUUGUGGAGGAACCUGUUUAGCAGAUACUGCUGCAAGCACAGGGAGACUCUUUCCAACCUCCAUAACAUGACUAGCAAGGAAGAGACUUUGCAUGAUGGUUUGACUGAUGUUAAAUAGUAACUAGACAAAAUCUUAGAUUAACUGCUUGGUUCUGAAGUUCUUCUACUGACUGGGGAUGGAGGUAGCCAGAAUAGAAAAUAGAUGAUAUUCUGUGCAUGUAUGGCGGAAGAUGAGCCAACCGCUAGUUUUUAUCGGGCUCCUUCAAAUGCCAAUGUUUACUGCCGAGUUGUUAUAUACAGGUAUAAUUUUAUUGUUUUUACCUGUACAAAUGAUAAUACAACUCUAGAUGUCUGUAAUGAAAACAAAGGCCAGUAACAAAUGGAGUGCUACAGGUUGUGUAAGUAGCUUGCCGCAGGCUGUGCCCCCACAGUCCUAAAGAUGUGAGAAUUCCCUUCAUUAUAAACCAAACACAUGGUUGUAAUUUACUCUCCGGCUCCUGAAAGACAUCUCUCUAUCUAUUCACUACUCAACAUUAUGAGAAAGGGCCUUGUUAUCAUGACAAGGGUUAAGCGGUGCAGCAGUAAUAUUACACUAUAAGACAGCUUCUGCAAGUCCAAACAUCUAAGUGGUUUGUGGAGGUACCACAUAAUUGGAAAUCUCCUAUUUAUGGUAGGACCAAUGAAAGUUUUCCAUAUUUUAAAGUAGCAUUCACAGAAAACACAUGGACUUUUUUUUAAGAAAUUUGGGACAAUAUUUUAAUUUAAAAUAUGGGAAACUGAAAUGCACUGGAACUGGCGGGACCACAAAAAUAUGAUGCAAAUAAGGGAAAACAUGAAAUGUGGGACCAUAUAUAUAUUGACUAUUUAAAUAUCUGAAAGAGAGGGUUAUUCACUAGCUGAUGUUACUGUUUUCCGAAUGAUUUGAUGUACAUACAAAUGUUACCUUUGGUCUAAAAAAAAACAACUUUAUUAUUAUUUUAUAGAUACUGAUUUCUUGUCUCAA